GGAGGAAGGAGGUUGUGUUUUGGCGGCUGACGUUUUGUCUAGCGGGCAAUAGCACGGUUUACAGCAGUUCGGUCCCUGCGUCGUAUCGGGAAGCUGGAAGAAAGGUCAUAAACAUGAAACGCAGUUCAUUUUCUACCGGUGGUGCUGGCCGCCUCUCUAUGCAGGAAUUAAGAUCCCAGGACUUAAAUAAACCAGGCCUCCAUACCCCUCAAACCAAAGAGAAAUCAACCUUUGGAAAAUUGAGUAUUAACAAACCCACAUCUGACAGAAAAGCCUCUGUAUUUGGUAAAAGAACUAGUGGACAUGGAUCCCGGAAUAGUCAAUUUGGUAUAUUUUCCACUUCUGAAAAAAUCAAGGACCCAAGACCACUUAAUGACAAAGCAUUCAUUCAGCAAUGUAUUCGACAGCUCUGUGAGUUUCUUUCAGAAAACGGUUAUGCAUAUAGCGUAUCCAUGAAAUCUCUACAAGCUCCUUCUGUUAAAGACUUCCUAAAGAUCUUCACUUUUCUUUAUGGCUUCCUGUGCCCUUCGUAUGAACUUCCUGACACAAAGUUUGAAGAAGAGGUUCCAAGAAUCUUUAAAGAUCUUGGGUAUCCGUUUGCAUUAUCGAAAAGCUCCAUGUAUACAGUGGGGGCCCCUCAUACAUGGCCUCACAUUGUGGCAGCCUUGGUUUGGCUAAUAGACUGCAUCAAGUUACAUAAUGCCAUGAAAGAAAGCUCACCUUUAUUUGAUGAUGGACAGCCUUGGGGAGAAGAAACUGAAGAUGGAAUUAUGCAUAAUAAGUUGUUUUUGGACUACACCAUAAAAUGCUAUGAGAGUUUCAUGACUGGUGCCGACAGCUUUGAAGAGAUGAAUGCAGAGUUGCAGUCCAAGCUGAAGGAUUUAUUUAAUGUAGAUGCUUCCAAGCUGGAAUCAUUAGCAGCAAAAAACAGAGCAUUGAAUGAACAGAUUGCAAGAUUGGAACAAGAAAGAGAAAAAGAACCGAAUCGCCUAGAGUCAUUGAGAAAACUGAAAGCUUCCUUACAAGCAGAUGUUCAAAAAUAUCAGGCAUACAUGAGCAAUUUGGAGUCUCAUUCAGCCAUUCUUGACCAGAAAUUGAAUGGCCUCGUUGAAGAAAUUUCUAGAGUAGAACUAGAAUGUGAAACAAUGAAACAGGAGAAUUCUCGACUACAGAAUAUUGUUGAUAACCAGAAGUACUCAGUUGCAGACAUUGAGAGAAUAAAUCAUGAAAGAAAUGAAUUGCAGCAGACCAUUAAUAAAUUAACCAAGGACCUGGAGGCUGAACAGCAGCAGUUGUGGAAUGAGGAACUGAAAUAUGCCCGAGGCAAAGAGGCGAUUGAAACACAAUUAGCAGAGUAUCAUAAGUUGGCUAGAAAAUUAAAACUUAUCCCUAAGGGUGCUGAAAAUUCCAAAGGUUAUGACUUUGAAAUUAAGUUUAAUCCUGAAGCUGGUGCCAACUGCCUUGUCAAAUACAGAGCUCAAGUUUAUGUACCACUCAAAGAACUCUUGAACCAAACUGAAGAAGAAACUAAUAAAGCUCUAAAUAAAAAGAUGGGGUUAGAGGAUACUUUAGAACAAUUAAAUACAAUGAUCACAGAAAGCAGGAGAAGUGUGCGAACUCUGAAAGAAGAAGUUCAAAAGCUGGAUGAUCUUCACCAACAAAAAGUUAAGGAAGCUGAGGAAGAGGACAAAAAAUGUGCCAAUGAGCUGGAGUCCUUGGAGAAACACAAGCACCUGCUGGAGAGUGCAGUUAACGAGGGCCUCAGUGAAGCUAUGAAUGAGUUAGAUGCUAUUCAGCGGGAAUGCCAACUAGUUGUGCAGACCACAACUGAAGAAAGACGAAAAGUGGGAAAUAACUUGCAGCGUCUUUUAGAGAUGGUUGCUACACACGUAGGGUCUGUAGAGAAACAUCUUGAGGAGCAGAUUGCUAAAGCUGAUAGAGAGUAUGAAGAAUAUACGUCUGAAGAUCUCUUGGACAAUAUUAGAGAGAUUGGAGACAAGUAUAAGAAGAAAGCUGCUCUACUUAAGGCUUCUGAUGAAUGAAGAUAAAAUGUUGAUUAAGCGAGAACUUUAUUAACAGUGGAAAUUUUGAAAUGUCCUUUGUAGGUUUGAAAAAUCUCUUAGCAUAUCCUAUAUCCCUCCUUACAAUGAAGUCUCAUGACCACAUCUUCCCAAGCCCGUGAAAUAUUUUUAUAUCUUUUAUAAAUCUAGUUCAUUAACUUAAGGUAUGUAUAACCUGAAAUUAUGAUAACUGGUUGGACUGUUAUCUUUAGUUAUGAAAGACCAAUUAUAUUAUGUACCUGUAGUUAAUAAACUUACAUCAAUAAAGUGUGUUUUUCCCAUGAUCUCUCUGCCUAACUUGAGAUAGUUAGAAAAAUAGGUAUUUUGAAUUAAACCAGGAGUCAGCAAACUAACUGUGGGCCAAAUCUAAUCACACCCAUUCACUUACAUACCAUCUAUGACUGCUUUCCCAUUACAAGAGCAGAGUUAAGUGUGUGCGACAGAGAUCAUGUGGCCUGAAAAGCCAAAAAUGUGUACUAUCUGGCCCUUUACAGAAAGUUUGCCAAUCCCUGGGAUAAACCAUACAAAGGUUGGCACUGACUGACUAAAAAACUUUCCUAAUCACUUUGGACACAAAAACCCACUCCUUAUCCAGAGCUAAGAAGCUAAAGUUCUUUCUGGCUUCAUGCCAUCUUUACUCUGAAGUAAGUAGAAGAAUAUGGAAUGCGAGAAUCAGAAGAAAUAAUCUUGUUUAACCCCCUCAUUUUAGAGAUGAAAAUAUAUUCCUAGAGAAGUUCUGAUUUACUAAUGUCAUGCGUCUUAGUGGUAGAAGCCACCCUGAGCUUCUUGAACCUGUGCUCAAUCCUGAGUACAGCCACAGGAGCCCUGAAACAUUAAUGUUCUGGAUGGUGAGGGAGUCAUAUUAGAAAGUGGGAUUUUUAGACAGGUCUAAGUUGUUAGGAAGCUCCUCCUUAAAUUGAACUAAAAUCUGCCUCCAGUUGAAUUUUCUAUUCUUUUAACUUUAUUCCAACUCUAAUAUAAGUCAGAAUGAAGAACAUGGUAAAAUGAAACGUAAGCAAUAUACAGAACGGGAUUCCAGCAACAUUUUAUGAAGAGAGGGCAUUCAGCCUGACAGCGUGGAAACAAAGACAGGUCGUUGCUGGGAGAUAAUUAAUAGGUAUGGCAAGAUUAAUGGUUACCAAUGUAUUCAACAAUCUUUGACUCCAACAUCCAAUGGAACUUGCUUCAAUGUUGGAAAUAUUCUGCCUGCACUAUCCUGUAUGAUA